AUGCGAGUCUUUAAGUGGACAAUCGACUUUCAUGUGGAUAGGGAGGCUUCGUUAGCACCUGUGUGGUUUGCCCUACCAAAACUACCCAUACAUCUGUUUCAGAAGCAGUUUCUGUUUCCCAUUGUGGAGUGUUUGGGAAGGCCGCUGUGUGUUGACGCUGCAACAGCGCGCGGGUCACGGCCAAGCGUUGCUAGAGUAUGCAUUGAAGUGGAUUUGCAACGUGUUCUGCCGAGCAGGAUUUGGAUUUCGUUUGGGGAAAGGAUGGGGUUCUGGCAGCAUCUGAUGCCGGAGGGGCUCCCCAAGUAUUGUAGCCAUUGUUUCCAUCAGGGGCAUGCGAUCGAAGAGUGUAAAAUAAAGAAUCCGACAUUGCGAACGGAUGCUAUCCAUGGAGGCAGGAGAAAGCGAAACCAGGUUUAUCAGUCGCGGGGCCCUCUGGAGGUGGGGACUGCUGAUGGUGCUCCUAUGGAGCGGUCCACAGAGGUUGCGACUAUGAGGGGGGUCAGCGAUAUUGCUGGGGAGGCUCCAGGAGAGGGUGCUGGGGUCACAGCGCUGGCAGGGAACAACACAGAUGCUUUAGAAGAGCUGCACCAGCAGCUGGGACCUGUUGGGGGGCAUCAGGGAGAUUCCUCAAAGUGGGUCGAAGGAGGGGCAGGGGAUAACCCCAAUAAGGGCCCAGGAGGGGGGGAAAGGGUUGCCAGAGGGUUGCGAUGUUAA